GCUAUUUCGUUCCGCAAGUCCACGUUUUGCUGGUAACCAUUCUUGUUUUUAUAUUUCUUCACAUCUCAAGAUGGCGGUAGAAAUCGAGUCAGCCGAUGUUGUGAGACUUAUUGAACAGUAUCUGAAGGAGAACAAUUUGUUGAGGACAUUAACGGUAUUACAGGAAGAGAGUGGUAUUUCUUUAAACACUGUAGAUUCAGUGGACAGUUUUGUUGGCGACAUAAACAGUGGCCACUGGGACACUGUCCUUCAGGCCAUUCAGUCACUCAAGUUACCCGACCAGAAACUUAUUGAACUCUAUGAACAGAUUGUUCUUGAACUGAUUGAGUUGCGUGAGUUGGGGGCUGCCAGGUCCCUUCUCCGACAGACCGACCCAAUGAUAAUGUUGAAGCAAACCCAGCCUGACCGCUAUGUCCAUUUAGAGAACAUGCUUGCCCGGUCCUACUUUGACCCUCGCGAAGCUUAUUUAGAAGGUCAAACAAAGGAAAAGAGGCGUUCUGCCAUUGCCCAAGCAUUGUCGGGAGAAGUCAAUGUUGUCCCACCGUCACGUCUUCUGGCUUUGUUAGGUCAGGCCUUGAAAUGGCAACAGCAUCAAGGACUUCUACCCCCUGGGACCACAAUUGAUGUAUUCCGUGGUAAGGCAGCUGUUAGGGAACAAGAAGAAGAGAAAUAUCCAACACAACUUGGCAAAACUAUCAAAUUUGGUCAGAAAGCCCAUGUGGAAUGUGGUCGAUUCUCCCCAGAUGGUCAGUUCCUUGUAACCGGUUCCGUUGAUGGCUUUAUUGAAGUCUGGAAUUUCUCAACUGGCAAAAUCAGGAAAGAUUUGCGAUAUCAAGCCCAGGAUAAUUUUAUGAUGAUGGAUGAUGCUGUGUUGUGUAUGUGUUUCAGCAGAGAUUCUGAAAUGUUGGCCACUGGUUCACAGGAUGGGAAAAUAAAGGUUUGGAAAAUCUUAACAGGUCAGUGUCUGCGUAAAUUUGAGAGGGCUCACACCAAAGGUGUAACAUGUGUGACCUUUUCUCGGGACAAUAGCCAGCUGUUGAGUGCCUCUUUUGACCAAAGUAUCAGAAUUCAUGGUUUAAAAUCUGGUAAAACUCUCAAAGAAUUCCGUGGCCAUCUGUCAUUUGUUAAUGAUGCUGUAUUUACCCAGGACGGAUACCAUGUCAUCAGUGCCAGCUCUGAUGGAACCAUAAAGAUCUGGAAUGUCAAAAGUACGGAAUGUCAGAACACAUUCAAGUCCCUGGGUGGUUCCACUGGGACCGACAUAACAGUCCACAGUGUGCACCCAUUGUUACGUAACAUGGAGCAGUUUGUUGUGUGUAACAGAUCUAAUACAGUGGCCAUCAUGAAUAUGUCUGGACAGAUUGUUCGUAGUUUCUCAAGUGGUAAACGAGAGGGUGGAGACUUUGUGUGUUGUACCUUGUCACCUCGUGGAGAAUGGAUCUACUGUGUGGGAGAGGACCGAGUGUUGUACUGUUUCAGCAUCACCACUGGCAAACUGGAGAGAACCUUGACGGUCCAUGAAAAAGAUGUUAUUGGUGUUGCCCACCACCCUCAUCAGAACCUUAUUGCCACUUAUUCCGAAGAUGGUCUCUUGAAACUGUGGAAGCCAUAAACAGCCCCACAUUCAUUUUUACAUUCUUCAUUUUAGCUUUUCAUUUUUUUUUAUUAAAAUUAUGAGGAAAUUA